AUGCAAAGGACGGACUCCUCGAUAGUCCUAGCAUGGCUACAAAAACCACCAAACAGUCUUAAAACUUUUGUCGCAAAUCGUGUUGCCAAAAUUACAAGUAUAUGCAAUAAAAGCAACUGGAAACAUGUAAAAACGGAGGACAAUCCUGCAGAUCUCGGUACCCGUGUUUGUUCCCCACAGGAACUCAUUGAGAGCAAAUUAUGGUGGCAUGGACCCACCUGGCUAUCACAGCCAUAUGAACUUUGGCCAAAACCCAGAGCUUUUGAGCCUACAGAUUUGGAGACGAAAAAGGUGUCAACCCUACACGCAAAGGUUCUAGGCGAAAGAAAUACAAUUUUACAAGAAGAAUUUGACUUUAAUUACAUUUUGAAACGCUUUUCUUCAUUUGCUCGAGCCUUAAGAGUCAUAAGUUAUUGUUUCCGGUUCUUCAAUCGUAUUCGGAAGCGUCACAUUAAAGUUCCACUGUUCAUAACCGCAGAGGAAAUACAAUUCUCCAAGAAUCGUUUGAUUGUUAUCGCACAGCAAAAUUACUUUCCCCAAGAAUAUAAAUGUCUUCAAAAUAAAUGUCCAAUUAAACAGAGAAGCAGACUUCUAACAUUGUGUCCAUUUCUUGAUGAUGAUGGUCUACUGCGAGUUGGAGGUAGACUUAGAAACUCGGAAUUAAGCUACCAGGAACGGCAUCCUGUAAUUAUUCCAGAAAAAUCCCAAUUUGCAACUCUCCUUAUAGAUUACACCCAUAAGAUUUUGCUUCAUGCUGAACACCAGAUCAUGCUAAGAGCCGUCAGACAAGAGUUCUACAUCAUCCGACUAAAGAAUUUAGUACGAAAAUGUAUUCGAAAUUGCAAGGCCUGUACUAUCUACAAACACAAAGUGCAACAACAAAUAAUGGCUGAACUUCCUGCAGAGAGAGUGAAUUUUUCAUUGCCCUUCACUUAUACAGGGGUAGACUUCGCAGGUCCGUUUAAUCUCAAAACAUCUAACUUACUAAAUGCAAACAUAAUCAAAGGUUACGCAGCCGUAUUUGUAUGCUUCUCUACAAGAGCAAUACAUUUAGAAGCGUGCUCAGAUCUUUCAACAGACGCAUUUUUGGCUUGUUUUGAUAGAUUCACUGGACGUAGAGGCUGUCCAAAAACUAUGUUUUCUGACAAUACUCGAAAUUUUCUGGGAGCUAGCCUAGCCCUACGUAAGGCCCACAACGAAUUCCACAGAACCGCAGAAAAAGAAUUGUCAGAAAAAUACAACGCUCAUGGUUUUAAGUGGUCAUUUAUACCCCCUUAUGCACCCCACAUGGGUGGCCUCUGGGAGACAGCAGUAAAGUGUAUGAAAUCACAUUUGAAAAAGGUAACAGGUACGCUAGUCUUCACGUUCGAAGAAUUUGCCACCGUGUUGAUCAGAAUUGAAGCUGUAUUAAAUUCACGUCCAAUGUCUCCGUUGACAGAAAAUCCAGCAGAAUUAAUACCCUUGACUCCAGGUCAUUUCUUGAGAGGAGCACCAAUAAUAGCCCCAGCCGAAGCUAAUGAAGAGCUCCCGUUAGAUAAUUUAAACUACAUCAAACGAUGGAACCGUCUGAAGGCUAUUCAACAUAUCUUUGCACGUCGUUGGAAAAACGAAUAUGUCACUGAGCUUCAAAGAAGAGUGAAAUGGAAAACUGAACAACAUAACAUUAAACCUAAUGACUUUGUUGUAGUCAAAGAUGAUUUAUUACCACCUACUGAGUGGCGUCUAGGACGCAUAAUAAAAUCUGAUAAUCGUUGCACUAUUUGCGGUGCCAAACACCAUUCGAUGCUACAUCGUGAGCGUCCUCAUGACGUCACCUCAUCAAGCAUCGAGGAAGAGGCUGUGUCCAACGAGUCAGCCAAAGUUCCAUCUAGCCCCACUCCCCAAGAAGUGUCUCCUUUGGUAAUGGAAUUACCCACAUUCUCAUCUGUCCUGGUCGCUUUUUUACAACUCUGUGUGUUUGAGGAGUGUGGUGAAAGUGGUUUGAAAACCAAUACACAUGAAUAA